AUGAUGCCAUUUUCUUUCCUCUUUGGCUUGCAGAAUGUGGCACCUUUUCACGUGACAGUGCGAGAGGACAACUGCAUCGUCGUUUCCCUCGAAGCUGCAGAUGUGGUGAGCUUCUCCGCGGUGUAUGUUGUGAAGAUCACUGGCGAAUCCAAGAACUAUUUUUUCCAGUUUGAUGAAUUCAACAGCACUUUACCUGCCCCCGUGGUUUUUAAUGCCACCUACCAUGGCCUUUAUUACAUAGUGACACUGAUGGUGGUGAGCGCUAACAUGGUUACCAAGCCUACUAGAUCAAUCACUGUGUUAACCAAACCUCUACCUGUAACCAGCGUUUCCAUCUAUGACUAUAAAUCAUCACCGGAAACGGGAGUAUUGUUUGAAAUCCGAUAUCCAGAGAAGUACAAUGUUUUUACCAGGGUGAACAUAAGCUACUGGGAAGGGAAAGAUUAUCGGACGAUGUUGUAUAAAGAUUUCUUUAAAGGCAAAACUGUUUUCAACCAUUGGUUGCCAGGAAUAUGUUAUAGCAACAUCACAUUUCAGUUGGUGUCUGAAGCGACGUUCAGCAAAAGCACACUGGUGGAAUAUAGCGGGGUGAAGCAUGAACCCAAGCAGCACCGAACAGUUCCCUACCCACCUCGGAACAUUUCUGUGCACAUCGUACAAGUGAAUGUCCAUGAGAACUGGGAGGAACCGAGUGGGAAUUUCCCAGAAGAAUCCUUCUUAGGACCCCAGAACACAAUGGGGCAAGAGAAGGUUCCCCACAUUUUGGAUGAUCUGCCCGAACUGCCAACAGAAAACGCUUCCAGCACGUGGCCUGAUUACCACUAUAAUAACAGUGACUAUGAAACGACAUCUCAGCCAGACUGGUGGAUAAAUGAAUCGGAUCCUCUGGAGAGCGAGGAUGAGUUUGUGAAUGGAGUGCCAAAAGAUUACGAGAGCAUCAACCCUACUGUGGAAUUUGAAGAGCCUACGUCUCCAUCUCCCUCAUUCCUCCCGGUGCAAAUGAGGCUGAGCUGGUUGCCCCCGAAGCCACCCACAGCAUUUGAUGGUUUCUAUAUUCGCAUCAAGAGAGAAGAGAACUCCACCGAAUUCCUGACAGUUGGGGAAGACAUUCAUGAAUUUGUUGCCGAUCUAAAAGAACCAGGGAAAUACGUCUUAUCUGUUACAACCUUUAGUUCUUCCGGUUCAUGUGAAGUUCGGGAAAGCCAAUCUGCCAAAAAGCUUAGUUUUUACAUUAGUCCUACAGGGGAACUGAUAGAAGAACUGACCGAGAAGCCUCAAAAUGUGAUAGCCACGGUGCUAAGCUCUACCACAUCCUCAAUAUCCUGGACGACUUUGCAGGAGACCAGCAGCAACGAUAGCAUUAUAUCCAUAGUAUCUUUGACAUGCCAGAAACAGAAAGAGAGCCAGCGGCUUGAAAAACAUUACUGCACUGAGGUGAACACAAGCAGCAGCUUUAUUGAAAACCUGGUUCCUGGCGCACAGUACCAAGUGGUGGUUUACUUACGGAAGGGACCGCUGGUUGGCCCGCCUUCUGAUCCUGUUACAUUUGCCAUAGUGCCAACAGGAAUAAAGGAUUUAACUCUGUAUCCCUUGGGGCCCACUGCUGUAGUUCUCAGCUGGAACAGGCCUUUCCUUGGUGUCUUCCGCAAAUACAUUGUAGAAAUGUUUUAUUUCAAUCCCUCAACAAUGACUUCAGAGUGGACGACGUUCUAUGAAAUAGCAGCAACUGUCUCUUUGACGUCAUCUGUGAGAAUAGGCAGCCUGCUACCUGCCUGGUAUUAUAACUUUCGUGUUACCAUGGUGACCUGGGGAGACCCUGAACUCAGCUGUUGUGACAGUUCCACCAUCAGCUUCAUAACAGCUCCAGUAUCCCCUGAAAUCACUUCGGUUGAAUAUUUCAACAACCUUCUCUAUGUCAGCUGGAUUUACGGUGACGACAACACAGACCUUUCCCAUUCUCGAAUGCUGCACUGGAUGGUUGUUGCAGAAGGAAGGAAAAAGAUAAAGAAGAGUGUGACACGGAAUGUUAUGACUGCCAUGCUCAAUUUGCCUCCGGGGGAUAUAUAUAAUCUUUCAGUAACCGCUUGCACCGAAACGGGCAGCAACACCUCCGCUCUUCGGCUUGUGAAAGUUGACCCAGCUCCCCCACGAUCGCUUUUUGCUGUGAACAAGACUCAAACAUCAGUGACUCUUCUGUGGGUGGAAGAGGGAGUUGCUGAUUUCUUCGAAGUCUUCUGCCAGCAGGCUGGCACGGGCCAAGACAAAAAGAUCAAGGAACCUGUUACUGUUUCUUCACACGUAGUGACAAUCUCCAGUCUUCUGCCUGCCACAUCUUACAACUGCAGCGUGGUCAGCUUUAGUCACGACAGCCCCAGCGUUCCGACCUUCAUUGCUGUCUCCACCAUGGUUACCGAGAUGAAUCCCAACGUGGUGGUGAUCUCCGUCCUAGCCAUUCUGAGCAUUCUGCUGAUAGGGUUGCUGCUUGUAACCUUAGUUGUCCUUCGCAGGAAACACCUACAAAUGGCCAGAGAAUGUGGUGUUGGAACCUUUGUGAAUUUUGCUUCGUUGGAGAGAGAUGGAAAACUCCCAUAUAACUGGCGUAGGAGUGUAUUUGCUUUCCUAACCCUGUUACCCUCCUGCCUUUGGACUGAUUAUCUCUUGGCAUUUUAUAUUAACCCCUGGAGUAAAAAUGGACUCAAGAAAAGAAAGCUGACCAACCCAGUCCAGCUGGAUGACUUUGACAGCUACAUCAAGGAUAUGGCUAAAGAUUCCGAUUACAAAUUCUCUCUUCAGUUUGAGGAGCUAAAGAUGAUUGGUCUGGAUAUCCCUCACUUUGUGGCAGAUCUCCCUAUGAAUCGCAGUAAAAAUCGUUACACAAAUAUCCUGCCUUAUGAUUUCAGCCGUGUUCGAUUAGUUUCAAUGAAUGAAGAGGAGGGCUCUGAUUAUAUUAAUGCCAACUAUAUCCCUGGCUACAACUCGCCACAGGAAUACAUUGCAACCCAAGGGCCAUUACCAGAGACAAGGAAUGACUUUUGGAAGAUGGUCCUCCAGCAGAAGUCACAAAUCAUUGUUAUGCUCACACAGUGCAACGAGAAGCGAAGGGUGAAAUGUGACCACUAUUGGCCUUUUACAGAAGAACCAGUUACUUACGGAGACAUCACAGUGGAGAUGCUAUCUGAAGAAGAGCAAUCAGACUGGGUUUUAAGGAAUUUCAGAAUCAGCUAUGCAGACGAGGUGCAGGACGUGAUGCAUUUUAAUUAUACAGCUUGGCCGGACCACGGAGUCCCUCCCACAAAUGCAGCCGAGAGCAUCUUGCAGUUUGUACAGAUGGUGAGGCAGCAGGCCACGCGAAGUAAAGGCCCCAUUAUCAUACACUGCAGUGCCGGCGUGGGACGGACAGGGACUUUCAUAGCACUGGACCGGCUUUUACAACACAUUCGUGAUCAUGAGUUUGUAGAUAUAUUAGGGCUAGUGUCCGACAUGAGAUCUUAUCGGAUGUCCAUGGUUCAGACAGAGGAACAAUUCAUUUUUAUUCAUCAGUGUGUGCAAUUAAUGUGGCUAAAGAAGAAACAGCAGUUCUGCAUCAGCGACGUCAUAUAUGAGAAUGUCAGCAAGUCGUAAUUCCAAGUCACGGGUGGUUGGGCUUAAAGGUUACGGAAAGUGCAAUAUUUAAUCAAAACGGCAAUGAACUUUCUCCAUGGACCUCUGGUGAGAUUUACAAAAGUCAGGAACAGGCAGGGUUAACAAUGGAUAAUCCAUCAUUAGCACACAGUAAGACAAGGGAAGAUGGCAGAUGCUUGGGGGGAAAAACAGCCAGCCACCGUGACACUGCCUGUACUCCAGAGGUACCUCCAACGUGGAGCACCCCAUGGAGUCAUGUCCUUCAAAAAUGAACUGGCUCAAAGCAAUAGAGAGAAAGCUGGAGGAGACGUCUUCAGACACGCGUGCUUCAGACCCAGCGUUUGAAGGCUGACUGUGUUGUUGGCUCAAGAUCAAUUAUGAACAUUGGACCAAGGUUUUGGUACCUCAAGAAUUCAAGAGUCGGAUGUAGACAUGUCUACUUUUCUCUGUUCAGCCCCCCCGUGAUAGGAUAAAACGGCUGUGCUCUUGGAUUUGGAGUAGAAUUACGGAUGGACACCAAGUGGACACUACUUCUGGAGAAUGAGCACCACCACCACAUUUGUUGAGUUGUCUAAAUUAAUAUUUAUUUGCUGUGGCCUAUUCCUUUUUGUAUUUGCUUCUCCUUCCCCGCCCCUCAGUUUUUGUGUAUUUAUCCUGUUUUGUUUUAACUGGAACUUUGUCGGUGUUGCAGGGAAGACAGGGCAGGGGGCAGGCCCACCUUGGUGGCCAUUGUCAACCUGGGAAUGGUAAGAUCCAGAAAGGAAGGUGCUUUUUCGGAAUGCCAAGAACGUUUGGGUGGCUUUGUGCCCAGCGGGGGUUCCCUGCAGAGGGUACUCUGCUGACUAUGAUUUGUGUAACUGUGUUCUUUCUUUCCUUUAGUUUAUGUAUGAGUUACACGUGCUGUUAUGUUGUGAUACAGCUGCAGAUCAGUGUAAGCAUCUCCAGUGACCUUCUCCUCUCCAGAUGAACUUCUGUUUCACAGGAAUCAUUUCUAUAAGACAAACAGAAAGAAGCACCUCAGGGGGGAAAUGAACAUGCUGGAUUUGAACUCGUGGGGCGGGGGGGUUAUCCAAGGUUGUCAGUGUGUGAAAAUGGAAGAGUGGCACAGGGGCUAGAAUGUUAGAUUAGACCUGGGCUUCAUAUCAAGCCUGCUCCUAGGCCAGUCACGGCCUAAUUGGACCCACAAGAUAAAACAGUCAGGGAAGAAUGCCCUAAGCACCUGCCUGAGCAAUCUGGAAGGUUGGCAAAGUACAAAUUGAUAAGGAACUUAGGAAGCUCCUUUGCACUGAGUCAAACUCUGAUUUGAUGGUCUGACUCUGUUGAUAAUACUAAGUUUACACUGGUGGACAAUGGCUGACUGGCAAGGGCUUUCUGGAGCUCAUUAAGCAGAAUGAUUUCUCCUUGUUUUUAUCUGGAGAUCUCAGGUUGUCUCUCAUCUAAGAAAUAACCCGGCCCAACCCUGCGUAGCUUUUGAAAUCAAAUGUGAUCCUGUACGUUCAGGGCGGCAUGGUGGUCAUAAGUUAUUGUAAUCGUCUGGAGCCUUUUGUACCAAAGGGGCUUCACGUUGAGGAGGGUCAACCAGAAGAUUGUGGUACCUGGUGAAAAAGUGGUUACUGAAGUGAGGCCUGUGGCUCACAUGAGCUGCCUGAUGUUAAUGUGUCCACUGAACUGUACAGCAGGCAGGACUUCUGUUAGAGCAAGGGUGGCCAAUUCAAAGCCCGUGGGCAGCCCUGUCUGUUUUUCUUGCUCUUUGAGCCUUUCCACACGACUGUUGCCCCUGCCCCUAAAUUUGGGUCUGUGUGUUUAAAAACAGAAGAAUGGUUACUUCUGGACACCUCCAGGAGUGUCAUUUCGCUUCUAAAGCAAAACACAGGGCCUUCUCUUCAUGUGUACAUGUGGACAUUCUUUGUGUCCCCACCCCAUCCCAGGACUUGAUGUGAAAUUCUGGUCAUUCCUAAUUUGGGGUAGGGAAAGGAAAAGAGAACCACUGUUUUUGGAAGGGAUGCAUCCUACGGCAGGUGCGUAAAGGGCAAGAUUUUCUGUUUCCACCUAAGUUACCCACCCAUGGUUCAAACUGUACCGUGGCUGAAGAUUUUUUUUCAGUCAUCCGUCAGGUGUCCAUGACACACUUGAGUUAUCCACAAUGGCAUCACUUGAGGCAAAACAAUGGGGAACCAGUGGAAUAUGAUGGGAGAAGAGUCCUCAUUAUGAAGCUCGCCAUCUCUCAGCACAACUUCACCACUACCAAGGCUGGCCUUGUCCAUAGGAGAAGGAUGGAAGUCCUCUCAGGCUGCGGAUUUGGUGCGCCGUGACAUUUUACGUUGAGGACUGGGGAGUGCUGGUUGAGGGAUGUUUUGCCUCAUGGGCCAGAAUGAGUUGGUUUUAGAUACUGCGCACCUUGACCCCAUUGGGUGCAUGGGUUUUGCUGCUUCUUAGGGGUAGAUGAUAGAUAUGAUCACGAAAGGCAAAGUUCAAUGCUUAGUCCCAGCGAGAAGAGGCUCCCUGAAGGGAUGGAAUGUUUUAGA